GCAGAGAAACCUUGAUAAAUGCUUUCCAGAAUGGUGACAGCCCAGAAUUGGCAUGAGCCUAUAGCUAAUUCUCAUCCACCAAAUUAAAGUCUAGGAGAGACUGAUACACACAGCAGAGUCCUGAAUUGUUCUGCAAGGGUCUUGCUACAGUUGGACAUUGCAAGGAUAUACUGUAGGCCAACACCAGUCUGGGAAACCAAUGCAGUUGCUCAAAAACUAACCUUACCACUGGUCUGAGUACUCAUGAUGUGUGAGAUCAGUCCCAGAGAAUCUUGCAAACAUUACUGAAUAGACUAGCGGUUCUCAACCUGUGGGUCAUUAUCCCUUUUUUCUAUUUGUAUCAAUGUUGCAAUUAGGAAGGUUGAGAACCACUGGAAUAGAAACUUUUACAUAAAGGCAUUCUCUUAUCAGGUCUGAUAGUUUAUCGCUAGUUUCAAUCUCUCAAGAAGUCCACUCUCUUCAGACACCACUUUAUAUUUCUUUAGGAUGUAAUCAGCUAAUCCAAGGUCAGCUGUGAGACAGCAGUCUGUGGGCCUUCCUCAUAACCGAUUUAAUUGCAAAGGGUGAGCAUAUGAUAUUUUUAUGAUCCUCAGAAUUCUCACUUAUGAAAACAAAAACAAUUUUUUUUCCAGAUGAAUUUUUUUUUUUUUAAAGCAGGCAAGAAAGAAGGCCUUUCUGCCUCUUAUCUGAAAUUUUCUUCCCAGUAAACUUAUGAGGGAUCUGGAGUAGGACUUCGUGGGUUCAGAUUCUGGCUCCACUUCUUGGUUGCUUUGUGACUUGGGUUAAGUCACACAACCUUUAUGAACCCCAGUUUACUCAUCUGUAAACUGGUCAGUAAUAGCAAGAGAUCCACAGUCCUGACAAAGGUUAAGAGCCGUAACCUUAACCUGGCUCCUGUGCUUUGCGAGGCAUAUCCCAGAAAAAGAGCCAAGCUCAGGAAGCCAUAGCUUGGAGGACAAAUAUCUGAAGUACUUUGAAAAAUACUUAAAGCAUAAGAUUGUCAGUGGUAAACACAACUUUUAUAUUUACCCUUUGUGAGGCCCUGAGGUACAAUUGCUACCUGCUUAACUAGAUAGAUCCCACUUCGACCCCGAGUUUCCCCCCCACCCCGUUUUCCUCCUCCCCGGCUUCGAAGGGAAGACCUUGUUGUCUUGGGUAUCUUCAAAAUACUAUGCGCCAGCCUGUUGGAAAGGGCUCAGCCCCAGCCUGAGCGCCGUGGCUCCUCCUUUGAAGGAAGCGACCCCUAGUGGAGCGCGCGCGUGCCUGGGAACCGGACCCAGCCGCGGGUGCCAGGCGGGGUCGCGAUGCGUGGAUGGAGCGGCCUUCAGGUUGGGACCGAGAGUCCACCCGCUCGUCUGGCUGGCUCGGCUGUGCGUGCACCGCUAAGGGUGGUGGCGGCCGCCGCCUCCGCGCGUCAGGUGCCGCGGGGAGCGCCCAAGGGUAUGACUGUAGCCGACUUUCCAGAAGCCGCGCACACAAAGCACAGCUCCGCACGCAAGGGGGAGGCGACAGCAGAGUAAAUUACCUCCCGACCAAGUUUGCAGGCGGGCUGUUUUCCUCCUCUGGCCACUCUCCGCCCUUGCUCGCGUCCCUCCCUCCUUGGUCUCUCCUCCCCCUGUCCCCUGCCCCCGUAUUCGCCCCAGCGCGGCUUCACGCCCUGCGCCAUCCGUUCCGGACGCGGCCAGGACGGUCCCUCGCCUUCUGGUUGGGGAGAAGCUGCUCUCAGGGAUUCCUGAUCUCAUCACACUAGGUGGAAAAAUAUUUCCACGUCAAAGCGCUUCAACUAAGAGGCCAAUUUGUUGUCGAGAACUUAAGAAAAAUAAAUAACCAGGAGCGUUGCUAGGCAAACCGCCAGCACAACCCGAAUUUCCUUGUUUUAAAAGAGGUUUCCCUUCCCGACUCGGGUGCCUGCGGAUCGUUAUAGCGCGUUUCUCUCGGGGGACAAAGCUCAGGUCACGGAGAGGCAAGGGAGGUCGUACGCUCGCAGCGUAAGGCGCGCUCCCACCCAGAGCGCAGCGGCUUGGAGUGGUUCUGUCCCAAUUUCUGGGGAAAUCGUGCAGUCUCGAUUUGGGGUGACUGAACGGCUACUCAACAGACGGAAAUUUUAUGCCGCCGCUCCCAGUAAAGCUGCAGGUGUAGCUCCCUGGCGGUCGGGCUGCGCCGCUACCGCCGGGCCGGGCAACCCGAGCGCCCAGACUCUAGUAGCAGUCGGACGGUGCCAGCGCCCGCCGCCCCGCCCCAGGGCUCUUUUUCUCCUCCAGUCCUUAAAACUCGGAGAAGCGGGAUGGCGAGUUUUGAUUCAGCCCUGUGAGGAAACACCUCUGCGAUGCAGCGGUGAGAGCCUCGCAGGGAAGCAUAGGACUUGACACCACUCAUCUAAUCUACACCAGUGUCAGUCCCACCGCUAUGAGAGAACGCCCACUUUGCCAGAGCCUCAGGUGCAGCGGGGCUUGGCCGAGGAGUCACCUUUCCCCUGUCCCCAUCCCAAUUCGAGCGCUUCUGAUCUGAGGACGCCAAGAGACUCCAGAGUAGGUGCUAAAGUUCCCAGAGCGGGCAGCAGGUGGCCAGGGUUCCUGGAGAUGUUUGGGCGGUCGUCUUGUGCUCGGUAAAGACCCCGUUUCGGGAUCCUCUGUUGCGCGCCGCUGGAAACCGCGGGUCUGGGAAGCAUGGCCGCUAGCCUCUGCGGGAACGACCCUUGGCCACUAAGCCUGCUGUCCGUCCAGCAGACCACGCUGCUGCUGCUCCUCGCGGUGUUGGCCGCCGUACACGCGGGCCAGUGGCUGUUGAGGCAGCGGCGGCAGCAGCUGGGGUCCGCGCCCCCGGGCCCCUUCCCAUGGCCGGUGAUCGGAAACGUGUUGACGGUGGGCAGGGCCGCUCACCUCUCCUUCACGCGUCUGGCGCGGCGCUACGGCGACGUCUUCCAGAUCCGCCUAGGCAGCUGCCCCAUAGUAGUGCUAAAUGGGGAGCGCGCCAUCCACGAGGCUCUGGUGCAGCAGGGCGCGGUUUUCGCUGACCGGCCGCCCUUUGCCUCCUUCCGCGUGGUGUCCGGGGGCCGCAGCAUAGCAUUCGGGCGUUACUCAGAGCACUGGAAGACUCAGCGGCGCGCGGCGCACGGCACGAUGCGCGCGUUCUCCACUCGCCAGCCGCACAGCCGCAGCGUCCUGGAGGGCCACGUGCUGGGCGAAGCGCGCGAGUUGGUGGCACUGCUGGUGCGGGGAAGUGCGGGCGGCGCCUUCCUCGAUCCCAGGCCGUUGACCCUCGUGGCCGUGGCCAACGUCAUGAGCGCCGUGUGCUUCGGCUGUCGCUACAGCCACGACGAUGCCGAGUUUCGCGAGCUGCUCAGCCACAACGAGGACUUUGGGCGCACAGUGGGCGCGGGAAGCCUGGUGGACGUGCUGCCCUGGUUGCAGCUCUUCCCCAACCCGGUGCGCACCGCCUUCCGCGAAUUCGCGCAGAUCAACCUCAGUUUCACCAACUUCGUCUUCGACAAGUUCCUGAGGCACCGGGAAUGCCUUGGGCCCGGGGCCGCUCCUCGGGACUUGAUGGACGCCUUCAUCCUCUCCGCGGAAAAGAAGGUGACCGGAAACUCUGGCCAUGGUGGCGCCCAGCUGGACUUGGAGAACGUGCCCGCCACUCUGACCGACAUCUUCGGCGCCAGCCAGGACACGCUGUCUACGGCGCUGCAGUGGCUGCUCCUCCUUUUGGCCAGGUACCCUGAUGUGCAGGCUCGCGUGCAGGCAGAACUGGAUCAGGUUGUGGGGAGGGACCGUCUGCCCUGUAUGGGUGACCAGCCCAACCUGCCCUAUGUCAUGGCCUUUCUUUAUGAAGCCAUGCGCUUCUCCAGCUUUGUGCCUGUCACCAUUCCUCAUGCCACCACUGCCAGCACUUCCAUAUUGGGCUACCACAUCCCCAAAGACACAGUGGUUUUCGUUAACCAGUGGUCUGUGAAUCAUGACCCAGUGAAAUGGCCUAACCCAGAAGACUUUGAUCCAACUCGAUUCUUGGACCAGGAUGGCUUCAUCAACAAGGACCUGACCAGCAGCGUGAUGAUUUUUUCAGUGGGCAGACGGCGGUGCAUCGGUGAAGAGCUUUCUAAGAUGCAGUUGUUUCUCUUCACCUCCAUCCUUGCUCAUCAGUGCAAUUUCAGAGCCAACCCCAAAGAGCCCUUGACAAUGAAUUUCACUUAUGGACUGAGCAUUAAACCCAAGUCAUUUAAAAUCAACAUCACUCUCAGAGAGUCCAUGGAGCUCCUUGACGGUGCUGUCCAAAAGUUACAAGCCGAGGAAGUUUGCCAGUGAGAAGCCAGAGGCAAGCGGAAAUUUUAGAACUACUCAAGUCUUGGGGGAUGGGAAGUAAAAUUCCGUUUUUUUCUAGCUCCUGUUCUGUGAUGCCUCUCAGCCUGUAAGGUGAGCAUAAACCCCACAGUAGAGGUGGGCUUCAUGCUGAGGAGCUCCUCCUGCGUACUGGGCUGUGCACCAGCGCCUGGAAGAGUCUUCAAAUCAAAGAGUUAAAGGGUCCAAGGAAUUUUUAUACAUAUACUGGAGCCUGCUAGUAAUAAUUUCUUAGGGUAGCCUUCUUUGGAGCUAAAACACACACACACACACACACACACACACACACACACACACACACACAUGCUUUCUUUUUUAUUAUUAUUAAAUCACAGCUGUGUACAUUAAUGCGAUCGUGGGGCACCAUACACUGGUUUUAUAGACCAUUUGACACAUUUUCAUCACACUGGUUAACAUAGCCUUCCUGGCAUUUUCUUAGUCAUUGUGUUAAGACAUUUACAUUCUAUAUUUACACACGCUUUCUAAUGAAGAGGUAUUUCAAUAAAUGAUAUACCUUUCUAGGUGAGAGAUUGAUUCAUCUUCCACGUACAGAAAUUGACUCCAUAGAAAACUGUGUUAAAAGUUAUGGAGUAUAUUGUUGAAGAUACAAAGGCAAGUAAUUUCAGUGUAACAUAUGUGAUUGAGGGGGUUAAGCAGGAAAGAGAAAGACAGCCAAUAAUCCCUUCUGGCCUUUUCAGUGAAAUCGCUUAGACAGACUGGUAUUUGUGAGUGGAUUUACCCUUUUGCUUCUGAUAUAAUUCCAUACUUUUUAGGAUAAAUCAUAAGGUCAGUUGCUUAAAAAGAAAUUAAUAGUUGAAUUAGUGAUGAUAGUGGGUGUAAGUAAUUUAUCAUGCAUUUUGAAGUAUGAAUUGUUGAAUUGUAAAAUUCCAAGCUUUGGUUGCCGAAGUACAAUUUUGCCAAAGUACAAUUUUUCAAUCAUGAGCAAGAAACCUACAAAUAAACAAAAAAGAAACCCCCAAAUUUCCAACUAAACUUCAAAUUAUGUGAUUGUAAUAUACUGAUUUUAGUAAGUAUCAUAAGUUAAAAGGAAGCUAUCAAGUAGUAUUCUCUCUCUCUCUCUCUAUAUAUAUAUAUACACGUAUAUAAUAUAUAUUACAUAAUCAUCUGUAAGCAGUAUAUUAGUAUUAUUUUGUUAAGGAAAAGGUUGAAUAAUAUGCCUUGUAUAAUGUUGCAAAUUGAAAAGUACAACCAAUUCAACUAAGUGUGGCUCAAAUUAAAUGUGACUAAAAAACCAUUAAAUGAGCUUGAUUAAAUCAACACCCUAUUUUUGGCACAAGGAAACCAAGCAAGGCCUCUUUUUUUCAUCCAAAACUUGGACAAGAACUGACAAAUCUCAAAAUCAGAUCCAAAGAUGAGUUUUUAUUUUAUAACUUUCUACAUUAAAAUUGUAUUCAUAAUACAGAAUCUCUGUUUGAAACUGAUUUAAUUAAUAUGUUAAAAUUUAACUCUUGGUGUGCUUAAAUUUAAAUUUAAUUUCAAAGCUAUUCUGAUUAUUGAGUUGCAGUUGGAGUUAGUGAGAACCACCGUUAUCCUUGGAAAGCGGAGAACUCUAACCAGCGUCUGCUGAAGACAAAGGCCGUGAUUUAUCUGGACGUUCUCUUCACUAGGUAACAAGGGGGAAACUCCCAUUAGAACUGAUCUAGUUUCUCCUUAUGUGAUUUUUUAAAUGGUAGCCUUUAUGUCUGCUUUUUGGAAAGUUAAAAUCAGAAGAUAGUUUUGGGAAGCCGUUUUAAGAAUUACAUUGAAAGAAGGGGAGCCGAUCAGAUCAGUUGCUUUAAGAUGGCCAAUCCUGUGAACAUUUACACUGGUAGCUGGGAAAGCCUAAAGCUCUAACACAAAGUAUGCAUUUGGUUUAUGUAAAUAACCUGAAAACCUUUUAAAAAGUGACAGAAGGUUGCGAAAGUACAAAGUGAAGUUGUAAGUUUCAAUUUUCACUGCAAUUCAACUUCUGAAGGAAGUUCUACAGUGUAAGAGCUUGCUUGUUAAAUUUUAUUAAGUUUUUGGACUCUUUGUAUCAAAAUUACAAAGAAAGGCGUUUAUGAUGGCUGUGUGUAUGGAUGGUAAGAGGAGGAAAGAUGGUUAAACAUUUUCCCACUCAUUGCAAAUUGAUUAAUUUGGAGCACAAAAUUUGAAGCAAUUUAACAUUUCAAAAAAAAGAUGUUUGAUAUAGCAGUAUUAUAUCUUAAAUAGUCUAUUUUUUAAAAAUCUACAAUAUAGCAGAUCUGUUUUGUAGUUUGGAAUAUUUUAUGAUAAAACUCAUGUAAUUUUUAUUUUAAAAGUUUAUAGCUGUACUUCUUGACUAUGAAACAUUGUUUGUGUCAAGAUACUAAAUUCAACUAAAGGCUUGCCCAAUACGUUUAAAUUUUUUUGACACUGGCCAUUCCAAAACAUUAUACCCAGCAGGGCUGAGACAGUGAUUUGCGUCUGCAAAUCAUAGUAGUAGUUACAUACAUAGUAGUAGUUACAUUACAUAGUUGGAAUUGAAAUAAAUUCUGGGGAAUCAGCAUUAAGAUGUAGCUUUUAAUGUUUGAUAUGCCAAAUUUAUGACAGAUCUGUUUCUGAUUACAUAUACUGAACAGCAUUUAUUUAGAUGUGUAACAGUAAAAAUAAUCACAUGCCAAUCUGGAUGCCUCAUUAAGUCAACCAAGUCCAGAUAUGCGAUAAUCCAUUUUCAUGUAUGUGGGCUCAGUCGUCGUCUGAUGCUUGUAGCAAAGAGAAAGCAGUGCUUAUAGAGAAGAAAGUAAGGUAUGUGCUUGGAGGUUACCUGGCUUACUGAUAUGCUUAUAAUAUAAUUUAAAGAAGGAAAACAAAAUCCAAAAGGAACAAAAAUAACUUAAUUGGGAGGUGACAAAAAUUAGAUUAUUGGGUUAAUCAGAAAAUCUCAUUGGAUUUCUACCAGAGAUAGAUCACACUUACUGACUGCCAUUAAAGUCAACACCUGUAGUCCAGUUUAUUGCAACAAUUAUUUCAUUUAUAAAUGCCUCAUUUGCAUGUUAAAGCUUGGACUCUGUAAGAGAAAUUGCUUUUUUUCCAAAACAAAAGGAUGUCUCAGGUUUGUUUUGAGGUUUGUCUAAAAAACUUUCAUGUUCCAGAACUUAGCCUUUACCUGUGAAAUGUUACUAUGGCCUUAAUAUUUUCAUACUAGAUCUAUAUUAGAUCAAAUAGUUGCAUAGCAGUAUAUAUUAAUUUGUAUGUUUGUAGCUGUGAUACAACUGUGUGAUUAAAAAAGGUAUACUUUAAUAGA